AUGCAGAAGAUAGGUCUUGACAAAGAUAUUGGUACGAAGCAGCUGGUAGUUGUAACUACCAACAAUUGGACGAAUGUUCAAGGAAAAAUGAAUGUUUUUGAAUUCAUAGACAAUAGUUGGGAACCGGUGAUGGAAAAUAUUUCUGUUACAGUAGGAAGAAACGGGUUAGCGUGGGGAAAAGGUUUGCACAGCGAUCGAUGGAAUAUAGGUGAAAUGAAAAGAGAAGGUGAUGGAAAAUCUCCAGCAGGAAUUUUUAAACUAGGUGACUUAUUCGGCUACGAAGACUUGACAUUCACUCAAAUGAAUUAUGUGAAAGUGAUCAAAUCAAUUUUGUGUAUUGACGACAAAAAUUCACCGCACUACAAUCAAAUUGUCGAUAUGACUAAGAUCGCGAAGGACUGGAAUUCAGCUGAAGAGAUGUGUCGGGGUGAUGAGUUGUACAAAUACGGCAUUUUUGUGGAUUAUAACACUGAUCCCAUUGUCCCAGGAGCAGGAUCUUGUAUUUUUAUGCAUAUCCGGGCAGCAAAUAAUGAGCCUACCGAUGGUUGUACCGCUAUGGAUAAAGAAAAUAUACUUCAACUAAUACAUUUUCUAAACAAAUCCAUGCAUCCAGUAUUAGUUCAGAUGCCUGAAAACGAAUAUCAUCAAUUCAAAAAUGCUUAUAAUUUGCCAUCAAUUUGA